UCUCGAAAUAGCACGGAAUAAUGUAACGCGUCGUUAAAUGUUUUGUACAUAUUAUACUGGUAAUUUUCGUCAGUGUAGGUGGUUUUUAGGUGCUCGCGUUUUCCGUCCGCUCGAUAACCGGAUAUGCGUUUCUACAGGUCAUAAUGUUGUGAUCUGGUCUGCCCGCGUUGUCGAGGUGUUGGUUGGUGUGUGGGUCCGCGGAUUUGGGUCAUUUUAGCUUUUUACAAUCGUUACACGAACGUCGACGACGCGUUUUUCGUGUACAUAUUAUUAUUAUUAAAUAUUACUGUCGUAAAACAACAACAAACCCGGUCGGAAAAUCGUUAACCACCCUCGCUGCACCUCGGUUACAUCGUCAAGACUUCUAUAACUCGUACCAUAUUUUGGGACGCGACGCCCCGUGUUUGACAUGCUGCAGGUCAUAAUUAUCUCUCGCGGGUGUUGUGUUCCAUCGCCGCCGUGACGAAACUUCCGCCCGUGAACACAGUAGAGCUGGUGCUGACACACAUCUGCAAAACAGGACGUGGAAUUCGUGUCGUCAUCGUCGUCGCGUUUUCGUAAACAUUCGUAAACUGCCGUUACCGCGUCGUCGUUGUUUACACGUCACGGACAGCACCACCAACACCCCCUCCUCGCCAUCGUCUUUAAUUUCGUUUGGAGUGCGUGCCCGUCGAUUCUGGUACAUGAUUGUACAUGAUGUAGAUGCACCCCCUCCUAUGCAUCCAAAACUUAUUAGGUCUGGAAACAGUCACAGUAGCAAUAACAUUGUGACAAGCAGCCGUGUCACGUGUAAAUAUAUAAAGUGCCUGGUGUAUCGUGAAGUGUCGUAUCGAUUUUUAUAAUUAUAGUAAAAAAAGUGGUGUUUUUGCGUCGGUGUGUGUGCGGUACGCGUCUCGACGAAGACGACGACGAAAAGAGUGCGCGGCGUGUGUGUAGGCUUGCGGGACAUGCACCAACGUGGCGACGUUCAAACAGAAUACGGUCACGACGAGCAGGCCACCAUCGCGAGGUGGUGCGCGUAGCGGCCGAACCGCGGUGGUGAUCAGCACGCCGUGCCGGGCCGCAGCAGUCCAUGCGUGAUAACGUGCAACCUGCACGCGGCUGCAAUGAUGGACCAGAAAUGUGACGGCGGCGGUGGUGGUGUCGUUGCUGCCGCCGCCGGUAUCGGUGGCGGCGGUGUCGGCGGACUCAUGUCGUACAACCGUGGCCGUGGCGGCACCGAGGUCAUCAUCAAACCCCGUAGUCCCGCCGUGGUGCAGGUGGCCACUGGUGGCGGUUACCACGGCCUGCCGACGGCCAACGACGCGGUCAUCGUGCGCAGCCCGCCUGGCGGCCACUUGCCCGGGCCGCAGCAGCAAGUUCCCCCGUCCCGCAACGGUUGUUCCACCCUGUUCAGCGAUAUCGCUGGCGUCAAACGACUUAGGCCCGACGAUUGGUUGGCCGUAAACUCGCCACCCGCCUCGUCGCCCGGCACGUCACACAUAUCCUACUCGGUCAUAUCGAACGGUAGUGGCGGCGGCGGCGGCGGUGGUUACAACUCGUCUCCAAUGUCGACCAACAGUUACGACCCGUACAGUCCGAUGAGUGGCAAAAUCGUCAAAGAAGAGUUGUCACCGCCGAACAGCCUGUCGGGAGUCAGCAGCCAUUCGGAUGGGUUGAAGAAGAAGAAACUCAACCACCCACCCACGACCGGCGUCGUCAACACCGCGGCAUCGGGCCCCGGGGGUGGCGUUGGUGGCAACGUGCUGAACAACCGACCUCCCGAAGAGCUUUGCCUGGUAUGUGGCGAUCGGUCGUCCGGUUACCAUUACAACGCGCUCACAUGCGAAGGGUGCAAAGGGUUCUUCCGGAGGAGUAUCACCAAGAACGCCGUGUACCAGUGCAAGUACGGCAACAACUGCGAAAUCGACAUGUACAUGAGGCGGAAGUGCCAGGAAUGCCGGUUGAAAAAAUGCCUAACCGUGGGCAUGAGGCCUGAAUGUGUUGUACCUGAAGUUCAAUGUGCAGUAAAAAGAAAGGAGAAAAAAGCUCAACGAGAAAAAGAUAAACCAAAUUCUACUACAGAUAUCUCUCCUGAAGUAAUAAAAAUAGAACCUACAGAGAUGAAGAUUGAAUGYGGUGAACAAAUGAUAAUGGGCACACCUAUGCCGACUGUACCUUAUGUGAAACCGUUAAGUUCUGAACAAAAAGAGCUGAUUCACCGACUUGUCUAUUUCCAAGAUCAAUAUGAAGCUCCUAGUGAAAAAGACAUGAAACGUUUAACAAUAACUAAUCAAAAAGUGGAUGAAUAUGAUGCAGAAAAACAAAGUGAUACCACAUACCGAAUCAUUACAGAGAUGACAAUACUCACAGUUCAACUUAUUGUUGAGUUUGCCAAACGAUUACCCGGUUUCGAUAAACUUGUAAGAGAAGAUCAAAUCACUUUACUCAAGGCUUGCUCAAGUGAAGCUAUGAUGUUCAGGGUAGCUAGGAAAUAUGACAUCACCACUGACUCAAUAGUAUUUGCUAACAACCAGCCAUUUUCAGCGGAUUCAUAUAACAAAGCUGGGUUGGGAGAUGCCAUUGAAAACCAACUGUCAUUCAGUCGGUUUAUGUAUAAUUUGAAGGUGGAUAAUGCAGAAUAUGCAUUAUUGACCGCCAUUGUCAUAUUUUCGAGUAGACCAAAUUUACUAGAUGGUUGGAAAGUGGAGAAAAUCCAAGAGAUCUACCUAGAGUCCUUAAAAGCUUAUGUAGAUAAUCGAGACCGUGACACUGCAACUGUACGAUAUGCACGACUUCUCUCAGUACUUACAGAGUUGCGCACAUUGGGCAAUGAAAACUCUGAGCUAUGUAUGACACUGAAACUGAAAAACCGAGUAGUACCCCCAUUCUUGGCCGAAAUAUGGGAUGUCAUGCCAUAGUAAAUUGCUUCAACUAGUUACCUUGUACCUGGUCACACCAUUAGUGUUACUUGGUAUUAUUUUGAAGACUGUCAAUAUUUUUUGUUCGUUCAGACCCCUGACAACCACUUGGCAAUUAUUUGUAGCUCUGAACAUCAAUUUGCUAUUGUUCUUGGAUGACUAUUUAAGUUACAGUUUACUAAUCUUAAUGAAAUAGACAUAUUGAAAAUUAACUACUAUCUAGCAUGUCAGGUCAUAAUAGUUUAUGUCUUGUCUUAAAUGUGCUUAAAAAUAGCUAAAUAUUUAUAGUUUGAAAUUGUAGGUAAAUUAGGAGUUGUUUUUAAACACAAGGUGUAUAGGAAAAUGUUAGCACUCUUAGAUUUUGUAUUAGUAUGUUUGAAUUCACUCCUAAAUUAAGACAUAGUACUGUUAAUCAGAAAUUGUUUUUAACUAUGAGGGUGCUAUAUUGUUUCUCUGUUAUCCUAGUGUGGUUUUUGAGACUGUAUGUUUUGUACCUGCGUGUUGGAUUUUUCUUUUUAAAAUUAUAUGUACAUAAAUAUAUAUAUACUAAUAUAUAUUUAUAAAUGUUUAUCAAUAAGACAAUUAAUUUUAUUAUAACAAAUUUAUAUAAAUAUAUAUAUUUUUUUUUUAUAUGAAAUGUAAGAAACAUCAUUUCUAUUCGCGAAACUGUGAUAUUAGUUUAUAAUAAAUUGUAUAUUAUGAUAAAAAAUAUACUGUGUAUACUAACAUCUAUUAGUUAAUAAUCAUAGGGCGUUUGAUGUAAACGUGUACAAACAUAGGUUCAGGGCUUUAGGUAAAUGUGGCACUCUUUUAUGUACAUAAUUAAAAUAUUAUUUUUUUUUUAUUACUUAUUAUUGUUAUGCUUUCAAAACCUAAAUGAGCAAUUCUGUUAAUGGAAAGUAUUUUAUAGCAAGUGUAUUUAAUUACAAAAUAUUAGAAACAGUUUUAAUUAGAUGAAAUUCUAUAUAUUUUAAGUACAAAAACAAAAUUACAAAUAGAAAAUUAAAAUAGCUAUUAUUAAUGUGUGUUUGUGUGUGUAUUGAGAUGAAGACUGUAAACAUCAAUGUUUAGAUAUUUAUAUUAUUUUAUUAUUAUUAAUAUUUUAGACCAAUUGUCUUCUAAUUGCUUUACUGAUUUCUAUCUUAAUGAUCAAUAACUUUUAGGCCGGUUAUCGUUUUCCUUUUUAAUUUAUUAUUUUUGUUUUCAUUUAAUAUUAAUUCAAAACAUUUUUGGUUUGGUUCAAUAGCUUUGAUGAUAGCUUUUAAAAUUACGAUUUCUGUAUGAUACAUACUUAUAAAUUUUCCUUUAAGCUGGUUAUAUAUUUUAUUCUUUUCUGUUGUUUUUGUUAUUGUCAUUAAAACUAAAUUUAUGUAUCCUACCAGUGCAAUAGUUAUCAAGUUUAUUAAAUGUUGUCCAUAGUUUUGUUUUCCYGGAAAAGGAAUUAUUUGGUGGUAUAUAAUUUUAUAUAAAUUAAUUAAAUACCAAUUUUUCUUGGGUCAUAAGUGUAAUUGUUUGUUUUCAAGUAGAUGAAUAAUUAUAAUAUUUAUAAAUUAGGGUGUACAUGGUGUUAUUUUUUAAUAUUAUUACUACCUACUAGAUAUCAGCUAUUUAUAUUCAAGUGAAAAUGUGAGUUUAAGAUAAGACUUUGUUUUUUUAAAUAAUUGGUUUACUCAUAUUAAUGUAAAACAUACUUUGAACAACUUAAUUUAAUUAAGUUUUGUUUUUUCCCAUCUUUAAGUUUGUCUGUAUCAUUUUUUUUUUGUUUGUUUAAAAUAACAUUCAAGUACACUCUAAGAUAUUAUCUACUUGUUGAAGAUACCCACUGUUAUAUUUCCUUAAUAUUGUAAUUUAUUUUAACAAUACAAAAAAAAAUUAUAUUAUUGACAGAAAUAGUUAAAUAUGUUAAAAAAGCUCUUUACCAACUGAUUCAAUUUGGAAAUUCCUACCUGAUAUUAUAAUAUUUUUAAGAGAUAAAUAGUUUAUAUAAUUUGUAGAUGAAAUGAUGUUUUUUACAUUCUAUUUAUCUGAGUUGAUAUCUUUAGUAAAAACAAUUUCACUCGUAACCGCAGAAAAACCGCUACUUGUCAGUUUUAAUACAAUAAAUUAUAUAUUUAUAAUGUUAUGUACAUUUUUAUGAUUAUGUUUGUGCAAAUGUUAAUUCUUAGGAAAUUGAGUGUAAUUUUAAUAUUUUUUUUGUAAAAAUUUUUUUUUUUUUAAAUACCAUUGAAAAAUGAUC